AGAAAAGGCAAGAGAAGCACAAAUCAAAGAGUCCAUCAAAAUUUGCAGAGUAUUCAAGAUUCAAGAGACAGAGGGAGAUAUCGAUGGGAAAUAGUUUAAGGUGCUGUUUAGCUUGUGUUCUUCCCUUUGGAGCUCUGGACUUGAUCCGAAUAGUCCAUUUGAACGGAUUCGUAGAAGAAAUGACGGCUCCAAUCACAGCCGGUGAGAUUCUUAAAGCAAACCCUAAUCAUGUCUUGAGCAAACCUUCUUCCGAAGGCGUCGUCCGAAGAAUCGUAAUCGUUUCGCCGGACUCUGAGCUCAAACGAGGCAGCAUUUACUUCUUGAUUCCAUCCUCUUCUUUGCCAGAAAAAAAGAAAAAAAGCAACACCAAUAAUAGAAAGCCCUCAAAGAAGACCAAAAAAAGCUACACCGACGAUCAAACUUCACCCUGUGAUCGUCACCUAACCGAUGUUACAUCCGAAAAGAAGUCAUCACGUCGAGAUCGCCGCAGUCGUGGGCGUAUCACCGUAUGGCAGCCUCGUCUGGAAAGCAUUUCAGAAGACUAACAAUUCUCCGGUACCGGAAUCUGACAUCUCCAGGGAUAAUGAUUCAAUGGCCAUUUUUUUUUAUCAAUGGUUUCAAGGGCAGCUCAUGUUGUGUAAUUAAUUAUGAUUAUCUUAACGUGGGUUGACAAGGUGUCAUGCCUCUCAGAUUGACGACCAGUUGUUAAUACAUGAAUCUAGUACAAAGAACUUGAGCGUGGGUAGGCCAAUAUAUGCUGUUAUAUUUAAAUUAUUGAAACCAUUUAUGAUUAAUGUAUGUUUAAUGUCA